AUGGUUGGAAGCAAGAAGACAAGAGGCAAAACCGCUGCGAUGGCUAAAUCCGCAAUGGCCCAAAGCCACUCCACCCACGAUUCCGCAAUCGACAUGGUGGCACCACCACCUCUUACCAUCGUGCCACCUACCAGACUCACAGUUGAGACCAUCGCACCGGUAAGCUUGGCUCAAAACCUUGUCCUUGGACAACCUGGCGAAGAGAGAAGGAUGGACUAA